AUGUCUGACCUUUCAAAUACUUUGUUCAGAAAGGAUAUACAGUUGGUGUAUUCGAACCAAGCUGUAAAGCGAUAUGAGGCCGGAGUGCAAGAAAUCGAUGAUGAUAGGAAAAGCGGGCACAAACGACACAUUAUCUGUGUUGACGAUCAUCUGAAGAUUAAUUAUGAAGUGGUAAAGAAUGUGCCUGGGAAUUUAAUCGAAUUGACGGGCAAUAAGGGAAAACAGGGGCCUGAGAUCGAUGAGAUCACCCGAAUUAACAAGUUUAAAUCGCUAUAUUAUAAAGAACAGCUAAACAAGCUGCAUGACGACUUUGUUACGAAAAGUUCCAGUUUGCGCGGCGAUUUGGAACCCGCACAGGCCAUAGACGAGCCGUUGCCCUCAUUACAACAGCAGCACGAAUGGCUUAAAGAAAUUCAAGCCAAGUUACUGAAGCAGUACGAGGACACUGUACAGGAGGAAAAACGCUGGUAUAUGAAGAAGGAAGUAAUGCUGGAUGCCAAUAUCAAGCUGGAUCUAUUCAGUACCAAAGACAAAGUGACAGGAGCCAUUAAGCUAGGCAAGGACAACGCUCACAAAUCGUGUAUAUUUUAA